AUGAUGGAAUUAUUUGAUGCAUUUCAAACGUUCAUCUGUAGCCUUCCAGCAAAUGUUACAACAACAAGUCUCUGUGUUAUUCGAGAAAAAGCAAAAUUUAUUACACCUUUAACUAUAAGUAACGAUGAUUCUUCAGAAAAUUUUGGUAAAAUGUCAGUUGUUAUACUUCAAAACUUAUUAAAUUAUCAUGAUGAAUGUGAUAUAUUUAAUGUUUCGUCAUUAAAGUUAUUACUAGAGUUAAUUGGAACAAAUGAUACAGCCGAGCCUCUUACAAAAUCUAAAUUGAUGUUAUUACUACAUGGUACGAAACUAAAAUUACCAAGUGAAAGAUUAUGUUCUUGGUUUUUGAAAGUGAUAGGAGUUGUCAAUUGUUUAGUUGAUAGUGGUGCAUGUCUACGUUUACCAAAUGUUCUUCCAUCCAUUCAAGUGGAAAUAAUUAAUUGUACACUCGCUGGUUCAAGAGGAUUUUGUGGAAUUAAUAAAAUUUAUAUUAAUCCAGCCUAUAUUCGUGGUCAAAUGUCGAUAUAUUCAACAGAAUAUCAUCCUGACUCACCCAUCGGAAAAUCAGUUUCUGGAAUGGAUAUCUGUACAAUAACGAUUCAUGAAUUUGGUCAUGCAAAACUUAGACAAGUUACAAAUAAUCCAAAUACAUCAACACCGGAUUUUUAUAGUCAACAAACAUGUGGUACAGUAAAUGAAAGACCCAAAUUCGGAAGACUAUCCGCUGACAAUAAAUGGGAUUUGGAUUAUUUUCAACAGUUCAUUAAAGCAAUUGAAUCAGCUUCAGCAAUACCAAAAUUUAAUUCAACAAAUAACUAUGUCAAACAUUUCCCAUCGACAACAUCUGGAGUUGAUAUAGACCUAGGCGCCGAUGAUUAUUAUGUGUGA